AUGGCGAUCUUUGAACGUGAAUUUAACUGCAAGAUCCACGUCUUGCUCACUAAAGGUGGAGGAGAGUACAAAACAAUCGAUACAUUUUGCUCGACAGAAGGCAUCUCACGUCAAGUGAGUGGAGCGAGAAAUCAAGCGAGUAACGGCAAGGCUGAAAGAAUGCACCGCACCAUCAUGAACAUGGUGCGGAGCAUGAUCUUCGCGUCAAACCUUCUACUGUCUAUUUGGAGCGAUGCCGCGGAGUACGCUGCGUACAUUAUAAACCGUAGCCGCAUCAAGUCGAAUCCUGGAGGAGUAUCACCUAUGGAAUUUCUGACGAGUGAGGCUGUCAUGCUGAAGGCAAUAGUUGCCUUCGGCUCAACAUGA